GUAAAGUUUUUCUUAAUAUAUACUCUGCACUUCUGCAGCAUUGUAGAACGAUAGGAGAUGAAGACGGGAAGGAAUUUCCGCAAAAGAAGUUUUGUUGACGAAGAGGAAGACGACGAGCAAGACAGGAGAUCGGCUCUAGAGGAGGUGAAAUUUCUUCAGAAGCAGAGGGAGAAGAAGCUAGGAAUUCCUGCCCUUCCUACCACAGCGCAGCCUGCUCCUGGCGCAGGCGCAGGCGUAGGCGUCGGCGUCUCUAGCAAUGGAGUGGCGGGUGGUUUAGUCUCCAAGAAGGUUAACGACAAGGGUGAAGGGGACGGGGAGAAGGAUGACUUGGUGUUGCAGGAUACUUUUGCACAGGAAACUGCCGUAAUGGUUGAAGAUCCCAAUAUGUUGAGAUACAUUGAGCAAGAAUUAGCAAAGAAAAGGGGUAAGAACAUUAAUGUGACCAAUGAAGUUGACGGUGAAGUUAAGCGUGCUGAGGAUGAACUAUAUCAAAUUCCAGAGCAUCUUAAAGUAAAGAGGCGCAAUUCAGAAGAAAGCUCUACUCAAUGGACUACUGGCAUAGCCGAAAUUCAGCUCCCCAUUGAAUACAAACUUAAGAAUAUUGAGGAGACAGAGGCUGCUAAAAAGCUCCUACAGGAAAAGAGGUUUAUGGGUCGGACCAAAACUGACUCUAGUAUUCUAUCAAGUUAUACUGCAGACUAUUUCCACCGUGGCAAGGAUUAUGCUGAGAAGCUUAGGAGAGAACAUCCUGAACUAUACAAGGAUAGGAAUUUUGAGGAUAAUAGCAUGGAAUCUAUAGCCAAUGAUUCAGUUACAGAUGUAGCAGUUAGAAGGCAGGCUGCUACAGAUGAGUUCAUGCUUGAACGUUUCCGGAAACGUGAACGCCAUCGUGUGAUGCGGAGAUAGCAGGGCAUUGGAUGAGCUUCUUGGAUCUAUUUUUACUUACAUUGUUCCGUAGUGCAAAGCAUUGGAUAAGCUUCUUGAAUCUGUUUUUACUUGCACUUUAACUUCAAAACUGACUGGGCUAUAGUUCCAUUUACACAUGUAUCAGGAUUACUUUGUAUAUUUGAAGCUGUUCAAACAUUUCAGGUUACUUUAUACAUUA